AUGAGCAAGCUUGCACACCACUUCAGGUUCCACCCCUGUUUGUGCCCUGAAGACUUUAUUGCAGCGCCGCAUAAUGAAGGCAUUCCGGCGCAGUAUGUGCACCACUUCAUUCUGCCUUCGGUGAAGCCUAUUUGGCCGGCGGACUUUCGUGUGCACAUCUGCUACAUUCCGACGACGUUUGAGGCGUAUGCGUUUACAACGGGGACGGAGCCUUUGUCUGAGUUUGGUAGUGAGUGGGUGUUGGGUCUGUUGACAACGAAGCAAGAGUUUCCAGGUGGAUUUGUGGCGGAAGACAUCGACUUUUUGUCUUUGUUGUCCACGUUGAUAACGAACAUUCCAAUUGCGGGUACGCGAAUGAUUGCUUUCGCAGAUACGCCCUUCGAGCCGCAGACGAAACGAUACCGUGUGGACGAGACUAUGCCAGCAGACCCAUUCAAGGAAGUACGCGAAUGUCCGUACACGGCCAUUCCGGGUGCGGUCGUAGGGACCGGAGACCUAGAAUUUUACGGAGGACGCGGCGAAAAUCGCUUCUGGUUAGCCGAAGUUACCACCCCCAUCAAGCCCAACACAGGUUCAGGCUUCGGCAAACUUCACCGACGUAUCGAAUGGUUCAUGCACUUCUACAUAGACGCUCUCUCACCUGUCGAACUAGAAUCUCGCUGGCGGGUCUUCGUCGUCUUCCGCUUCUUCACUGACCCGUCACCGUUAACUGUUAUUUCGGACGACCUUCUAAGACACAAACAACUUGUCGCAACGCAGGACAUGGGGAGCGACGCAGCAGCCAUGGGGAGCAACGCAGCACCCACCGCGAUGGGGAGCAACGUAGCACCCACCGCGAUGGGGAGCAACGUAGCACCCACCGCCAUGGGCAGACUUCUGAAAGAUGAGCUCCUUAACGAAGUCAUCAACAAUCCCAACCAACCAAUGGAAAUUCUUGGACUCAUCACCGCCUUCCAGUUCUUCUCGAUGCCCAAAGAUCGUAUACGCAUCUCCCAGUUCUUCCUCUUCCCCAACCGACAGCGGCAAGGCCUCGGCAGACUCGUGCUCCACGUGCUGAUGGAAAUACUGGCCGCAGACGACAACAUCCAGCAAGUGUCGGUGGAGGAUCCGGCGCCAUUAUUUCAGAGGCUGCGUGACACUGUGGACCUUGAGCGCGCAUUGAAGCGGCGUUUGCUGACUCCUGAGUGUCUAUACCCACCAGAGGAGUCAGGUGUCAGUUGCGAGGAGGUGGUUGCGAAUUGGUCACGAUACGACGAGGUGUUUAAACGUCUGUUAAAGGAUGCUCGUAACCAGCGGCGAAGGUUGCGGUUACUGUUGUGUUUGGCUCAGGUGUUGCCUUCCUCCUUAUUAUUGGGGCCGGAACAGCCCUGGAAAAGUUUCGAGAAGAAUCACCCGGCCAUUAGCAAGUGGCGUGUGGCGGAGAAACAACGACUCCGCAAGGACUCAUUAGACUGGUACACGCAACCUCAAAUGGACGUCCGUAUGGUCCAGAAUGCUCUGGAAGAAGAAUGGAACAACCUCUUCACCAGCCUCUGCUACAGCAUCCGUAAACUCCGGCUACUUCACCCUCUCGGCGGUAUGCCUGGCAUGCCUGGUAUUCAAAACUCCUUGGGACCUCUACCGCCGGGAGCUAUGCCUCCUCCUGGUACCCUACCCCCUCCAGGUGGGAAUGGAGAGGCAGUGUGUCGGUCAUGUUUCGUGCGCGUGUUUGAGGACGAAGUGCACGCAGUAGUGCGUCGGUAUGAAUUAUUAAGACCGGGUAGUCGUGUUUGCGUGGGGGUGUCUGGUGGUAAAGAUUCCUCAGCGUUGUUGCACUGUCUGGUCGUGUUGAAGGAGCGGUAUCCGGACGAGUACGGAGAUGUGGAAUUGGUCAUGCUUGCGGUAGAUGAAGGUAUUGCCGGUUACCGUGACUUCUCACUCGAGUGUGUCGAAAAAGCCCGGGCAAGGUAUCAACUACCCUGCACCGUGCUGAGCUACCAAGACCUCUUUGAAGGUUGGACAAUGGACAAGAUUGUCCGAUACAUAGGCCUACGCCAGAACUGCCUACACUGCGGUGUGUUCCGUCGACAAGCACUCGAACUGGGCGCUAGAAAACAGGGCGCCACUUGUAUCGCCACCGGCCACAACGCCGAUGACUCUCUUGAAACCAUCCUCAUGAACUACCUCCGCGGAGACAUCAAUCGACUCAAACGCUGCUGUGGCAUCAUCACCGGCCGCCUCUCACCAGCCACCAAGAAACGCUUCCCUACGGAGGUCUCUGUCCCUACGGAGGUCUCUGUCCCUACGGAGGUCUCUGUCCCUACGGAGGUCUCUGUCCCUACGGAGGUCUCUGUCCCUACGGAAGUCUCUGUCCCUACAGUCGACCCGCUCCCGCGUAUAAAGCCGUUUUACUUUAGCAGUCAAAAAGAAGUUGUAAUGUACUGCCACUUCCUCAAGCUGGACUACUUCAGUACUGAAUGUCCAUACUCACAAAAUGCAUUUCGUGGGAAUGUGCGCCACUUAAUAAAACAAGCUGAAAUGAUCGACCCCUGUUUCAUUCGUCGCGCACUUCUCGCACACACACCAGCACCGGAUCAGAUCCGAGACCAGACAUGUUCGACCGAGACAACGCGUGGCAUAGCCCACGGCUGCACGAUCUGUGGUGUCCCCUGCAUCAACUCCGAUCUCUGCCAAGCCUGCCUUCAAGUCCAACGUCUAAACCUCAAAUACCGACCUGACGACUUCAAAAACCGCCGUUAG